AUGUCUUUGUCUAACAAGCUCUCUAUAGAGGACGUUGACCUCAAGGACAAACGAGUACUUAUCAGAGUCGACUUCAAUGUACCCCUAGACUCAGAUAAGAACGUAACAAACCCUCAACGAAUCGAGGGUGCUCUGCCUACCAUCAAAUAUGCAAUCGACAAUGGUGCAAAAGCAGUUAUCCUCAUGUCCCACCUAGGCCGACCUGACGGCAAGCGUAAUGCGAAAUACAGUCUCAAGCCAGUGGUAUCAGUCUUGGAAGAGAAACUAGGAAAGAAAGUGACCUUCACAGAUGACUGCGUUGGACCAGACGUGGAAAAGGUCGUCAGUGAAGCUAGUGGUGGUCAGGUCAUCCUCCUUGAGAACCUGCGAUUCCACGUCGAAGAAGAGGGCAGUAGCAAGGACGCAGAUGGCAAGAAGGUUAAGGCCGACAAGGCUGAUGUCGAGAAAUUCCGAAAGGGCCUGACUGCUCUUGGGGAUGUCUACAUCAACGAUGCUUUUGGCACCGCUCAUCGUGCUCACAGCUCCAUGGUCGGUGUUGACUUACCACAAAAGGCUUCUGGCUACCUCAUGAAGAAAGAGCUUGACUACUUCGCCCAAGCGCUGGAAAAUCCCAAGCGACCAUUCCUGGCUAUACUUGGUGGUGCCAAGGUCUCGGACAAGAUUCAGCUCAUUGACAAUCUGCUGGACAAGGUCAAUACGUUGAUCAUCUGCGGUGGUAUGGCUUUUACCUUUAAGAAGACCCUGGAGAACGUCAAGAUUGGCAACAGUCUGUUUGACCAAGCCGGAAGCGAGAAGUGCGCUGAACUCGUCGAAAAGGCAAAGAAGAACAACGUGAAAAUUGUAUUGCCUGUAGACUAUAUCACAGCCGACAAGUUCGACAAGGACGCACAAACCGGCAAGGCCACUGACAGUGAGGGUGUCCCUGAUGGCUGGAUGGGUCUCGAUUGUGGUGAAGAGAGCAUUAAACUGUUCAAACAGGCUAUCGAUGAAUCAGCUACCGUCUUGUGGAAUGGCCCACCAGGCGUGUUCGAAUUCGACAAGUUCGCCAAUGGCACAAAAGCUACGAUGGACGCCGCUGUGCAGGCUGCAAGCAACGGUAAGAUUGUGAUCAUUGGCGGUGGUGACACAGCUACUGUUGCUGCCAAGUAUGGUGUUGAGGAGAAGCUCAGCCAUGUUUCUACUGGUGGCGGCGCCAGUCUGGAACUGCUCGAGGGCAAAGAGCUUCCAGGAGUCUCAGCACUUUCCAGUAAGUAA